CAGACCUGAGACUCACACACACUUCCUCUCUGCUCUGAAGACGUGAUGGUGCGCAGGAAGUCGGCGUGUUGCGGGGCUUCAGCUCUGGAGGUGACGCUCAGCGUCCUCUUCAUCCUCAUGACGGCUGUGAGUGUAACGCUGAUCACACUGAUGGCAACCGGGAAAACACACACAGGUCCGGAGCCAACGCUUCCUCCCAAACACGAACCCUACCUGAUCGGAGUCGGUCGGGCCGACUGCACCGGACCUCCAGCCGACAUCCCUCUGAUGGGUUAUGCGAACCCUCAGCAGACAGCUGCAGGCAUCCACACCCGACUGUACAGCCGAGCCUUCAUCAUCGACGACGGGAGGAGGAGAGUCGUGUUCGUCACCGUUGACGUGGGAAUGAUUUCCCAGAGGCUGCGACUAGAGGUCCUGCGGGCGCUGCAGCUGAAGUACGGGAACCUGUACCGGCAGGAUAACGUGGUUCUGAGCGGGACACACACCCACAGCGGGCCGGGCGGGUAUUUCCAGUACACACUGUUCAUGAUCACCAGCAAAGGCUUCAUGAAGGACGCCAUCGAACCGCUCGUCAACGGCAUCGUCAAGAGCAUAGACAUAGCCCACAGCAGAGUAAGGCCGGGCAGGAUCUUCCGGAGCCGGGGGGAGCUGGAGGACAGCAGCCUGAACAGAAGCCCUCAUUCGUACCUGAACAACCCAGAGGGCGAGAGACACAGGUAUAAGUGGAACACGGAUAAACAGGUUCUGGUGCUGAAGUUCACCGAUCUGGACGGAGACGGGAUCGGUAUGCUCAGCUGGUUUGCAGUGCACGCCGUCAGCAUGAACUACACCAACCGGAUGGUGAGCAGCGACAACAUGGGAUACGCCUCCUACCUGCUGGAGCAGGACAAGAACCGCGGCCAGCUACCUGGACAGGGAGGUUUCGUGGCUGGUUUCUCAUCCAGUAAUCUCGGAGACGUCAGUCCAAACACCAAAGGUCCUCGCUGCAUGAGCACCGGGCUGCCCUGCGACUACCUGAACAGCUCCUGUCCUGUGGGGGGGACUAAGGAGUGUAAGGCGUUCGGACCUGGGAACGACAUGUUUGAGAGCACGAGGAUCAUCGGACACAACAUCUAUAUGAAGGCCCAGGAGCUGUAUGGUACUGCAGCGGAAGAGGUAACGGGUCUCCUGCACUCGGCCCAUCAGUGGGUCAACAUGACGGACGUGACAGUCCAGAUCAACGCCACACACACGGCCAGUACAUGUAAACCAGCUCUGGGUCACAGUUUUGCAGCAGGAACGACAGACGGAGGAGGAGACCUCAACUUCACUCAGGGCGCUGUGGAGGGCGACCCGUUCUGGGACGGGAUCAGAGACGCUGUGCUGGGCGAGCCGUCCAAUCAGACACAGGCGUGUCAUCAUCCCAAACCCAUCCUGUUCAGCACUGGCGAGAUGAACUGGCCUCUGCCGUGGCAUCCUCAGAUCGUGGACGUUCAGAUCAUCACGGUCGGCUCUGUGUCUGUGGUCGCCGUUCCUGGAGAGAUGACCACCAUGUCGGGGAGGAGGCUACGAGAAGCCGUCAAACAGGAGCUGCAGUCGGAGGGUGCGUUCAAGGACUCGGAGGUUGUGAUCGCUGGCCUGAGUAACAUCUACACGCACUACAUCACCACCUUCGAAGAGUACCAGGUGCAGCGUUACGAAGGCGCCUCCACCAUCUACGGUCCGCACACGCUCAGUGCGUACCUGCAGAAAUACAGGGGGCUGGCCAGAGCCAUCGCACAGGACCGGGUGUCUGAGCUGCCGGUCGGCCCGGAGCCGCCUUUCUUUGAGAAACUCUUCAAUCUUCUGGCUCCACCAAACGCUGACAGGACACCCGUGAACACCAGCUUUGGAGACGUCCUGGAGCAGGUUUUCCCCGUCUACAGGCCGGGGGAUGUUGUCUCCGUCACGUUCGUAGCAGGAAACCCAAGAAACUCGGGAGACAUCAGAGACACAACUUUUGUCACCGUUGAGAUUCACGACAACCGGACAAACACCUGGGAGGUCGUUUACACUGAUGCAUCAUGGGAAACCAGGUUUCAUUGGCUGAAGGGUUCGUUCCAGCGCAGUAAUGCCACUGUGGAUUGGUUCAUCCCGCCGGCGGCGCCCAGCGGCUCCUACAGGAUCAAACAUUUCGGACGCUACAAAGAGAAGAAGAAUGUCUUCAAGCCGUACGAAGGAACGUCCGACGUCUUCACCGUCACCGACAGCUUUUACUACCAGUGACAUCAGCGUCUGCAGCGAUUCAUAAUCAACGGAGAACAUGUCUGACAUCAAUCCAACACAUCUAUAAAUACUGGAAUCAAGUUAUUAAAUAUGAAUCAUGUCCUGUGAACGGAUUAAUGUAAUGUUGAAUAAACGACUAAAAAGCAAACACAAAAGGACUCAAGAAGUUG